UUCCCACGUUUGUACGUCCCUGGUCAGUACAACCUGUUCUUCAACAUGCGGACGUUCGUGUUCUCUGUGAUUCGUGGCAUCUUCACAUCGGCCGUUUUGUUCUUCGUCACAUACGCAUCAUUCCACCAGAACUACCUGCAGAGCGGAUUAAGCGCCGACGAUUUGCAGUCGUUUUCGUUCGCCAUGUUCUCAGGCCUGAUCAUCGUCGUAACAGCACAGAUUGCCCUCGACACCUCCUACUGGACGGUGUUCAAUCACGUAUUCAUCUGGGGUUCCGUGUUGUUCUACUUCUUCGUCGCAAUCGUAUACUAUCAGUUGAUCCCGUUCAGGCUGCUCGAGCAACGCGGCUACGGCGUCGCGUUCAUGAUGUUCCAGGCCCCACUCUACUGGCUCAUCAUUCUGCUCAUCACAAGCGUUUUGAUGCUUCCUGUUGUUGGCACUCGAUUUUUUUGGAUGGACACUCGUCCAACGCUGAGCGAACGCCUCCGGAUCAGGCAGAACCUGAUACGACUUACAGGUCGCAUGUCAGAGCUGCCCCCUUCGCUUCGUCUAUCAAAGUCGCAAAGGCAACGUAAAGCUUCGACAAGGUCCAGCUAUGCGUUCUCUCAUCAUCACGGCUUCGGUGACUUGAUCACCAAGGGAAUCGCCAUGCGACAGCACAAAAAGAACGAAAGGCACGCAAGCGCAGGUACCGCAAGUAAUAGCGCAACGGUGAGUCCGAAACCAGCGACUGCCCACGAGAAUGGCGACGUAAAGCUAUAG